UGUGAGCUGUGAUGCAGUGAUGAGCUGAGUUGUUACUAAACGGUACGAACAGCCUGUAAUUCAGACAUUCUGAUUAUUUUAUUAUUUUUUUUAAAUACUUUAUUGAGUAAUGGAACCUACAGCACAGGUACAUUUUGUCCUGGUGAUGUGUAAGGAGAGUAAUAGUGCAGAAGCUUCUCCGGCUCGGACUGCGGCAGCUGCUGAUGAAGUGAUGGUCCUGCAUCACUGAUGUCUGUUGCUGAUCUCCUCUGACUGUGCUCAGUCCGUGCUUGAGCACUAAGAUGAGUGGAGCAGGGGAACAAGCCGACAUACUGUCGGUCGGAAAUGUGGUCCGGGACCGCUGGAGGGUGAUUAAGAAGAUCGGUGGUGGUGGAUUCGGGGAGAUCUAUGAAGUCCUGGACCAGCUGAACCAGUGCAACGUGGCUCUUAAGGUAGAGUCCGCCCAGCAGCCCAAACAGGUCCUGAAGAUGGAAGUGGCCGUCCUGAAGAGGCUCCAAGGUAAGGACCACGUCUGCCGUUUUGUGGGUUGUGGACGUAACGACCGAUUCAAUUACGUUGUGAUGGAACUUCAGGGCAGGAACUUGGCAGACCUCCGGCGCACUAUGAACCACGGUACAUUCUCGGCAUCCACCACGCUCAGGCUCGGCCGGCAGAUCCUGGAGGCCAUCGAGAGCAUCCAUUCAGUGGGUUUCCUCCACAGAGACAUCAAACCGUCUAACUUUGCCAUGGGCCGACUGACCAGUACGUGCCGAACCUGCUACAUGCUCGAUUUUGGUUUGGCGCGCCAGUUCACAAACUCCUGUCAAGAAGUCCGUCCACCUCGUCCGGUGGCAGGAUUCAGGGGAACCGUACGUUAUGCCUCAAUCAACGCUCACAAAAACAAGGAAAUGGGUCGGCACGAUGACCUGUGGUCUCUCUUUUACAUGCUGGUGGAGUUUAUGGUUGGUCAGCUUCCCUGGAGAAAAGUCAAGGACAAAGAGCAAGUAGGGAACCUGAAGGAGACCCAUGACCAUCGGCUCAUGCUCAAGCACCUUCCUGAAGACUUUAGCAUUUUUCUUGACCACAUUUCGGGCCUCGACUACUACACUAAACCCGACUAUCAGCUCCUGAUGUCAGUCUUCGAGAACAGCAUGAAGACGCACGACGUGAUGGAGAACGACCCCUACGACUGGGAGAGGAGCGACUCCGAGGACUCGCUCACAGCGGCAUCCCUGGCACCCACAGCUCAACAGCUGACUCGCCUCACGCCGGCCUACAUGGGCAUGGCCAAUGCCUCUGCAAUCCCGGGUGACAUGCAGCGCGAGAACACCGAGGACGUCCUUCAGGGUGAGCGGCUCAGCGAAGCGGACUAUUGUCCCCCGAUCCCGGCCCAGCACGCUCAGGGAGCCGACGUGUGGGAGGAGAUGGAGCGCAGCCGCGACCGCAACCGCAAUCACAUUCAGCCACAGAUCAGAAAGGUGGCCAGUGAAGAGGAAAGGAGUAAAGAGGGCAAUCAGAGCCCGAACAGCGGCUCUGUACAAGGUUCCCCGAGGCGGGUGCACUCGGAGACUCUGCUCAUCGACCGUGUGGCUCCACUGUUGAGAAGAAUGCGUCACAGCCAGAGCAUGGGCCUGGACAAGAGACUGACCCCCGAACCCAAACCCACUAUCGAACGCUUCCUGGAAGCAUGCUUGGGAAAGCCGCGACUGCUCCAUGCUCAGGAGAGGACCGGCUGUCGUGCUGAGCAGGGCUCUCUGGAGGACGAAGAGGGGGCAGCCAGCAGCGGCUACAUAGCGGUGAACCUCAGCCCCGUCCCACAGGAGGGCGACUCUCAGGAGUGGGUGCUGGUCGAGCUGGAGGCCGGUAGCGGUUCACCGUGUUCCAAGCCAGACGAGGAAGAGCGCUCCUCCAGCCCGCAGGCUUUACCCCGAACCUGGUCCGACCCCCUGCCUCAGAGAGCCAGCUGUCUCGGCGGACCCGGGGAGCUCAUCUGUCACACCGGGCCUCCGUUUACCCGCCUUCCUGGCUUACCCGGGUUGCCAGGUCUUAUCGGGCUGUCGGGCAUCUCUGGGCUGAGAAGACUUCCCACCAUACAGCCGUCAUUGUCUCACAUCAACAGAACUCAGCUAGAACAGUUAUCCAGCACUUUAUUACAGUCCAUCCUAAAGGAAGAUCCAGCGCAGGAUCCUCCAGCAUUCACCACAGAAGAAGAGCACACCCAGCCGCCGACCGGAUCACCCCACAAAACCUCCGCUCACCCGCCUGACCCCGCCCAAGACCAGCUGACCUCUGUUAAAGCCACCGAGAAAGACAUGGAGAGCGAUUCGGGUUGUCCAGACGGGGGUCCCUCCGUGACCCCCAACCACGGCGAGACCACCGGAGACACAAACGAUGCCGUCCUCGCCUCCCCGGUCCCGUCCUCUCCUCGGGACCUGUCCCCGCGGGCCAGCCGCAUCCCGGUGCGUGACCCGGACUCCCCCACCCGGAAGUGUUUCGCCGCGCCUCUCUCGCCGUCCCUCUCUCUGUCCUGCGAACAUUUCCCCUCGGCGCUGCUCCGUGAUAGGUUCACCUUCCCCGAGCGAUGCUUCCGCGCCUCCGAUUAUCAGGUAGACGAUCCGCUCUCGCUGUCGUCCUCCUCCAGCCCGGUGUCCAGCAAGAGCAAGAUCCCCAGACCCAUAAGCCCAACGCUAGUGCCAGACCAGUUCUCUUCUCGAUUCAUGCCAAGGCCACCGCCGGGUAAACCCCCCCUGCGCCCAGGAGGAGAGAACAGGCGCAGACGUUACCGCAUCCGUGCCAGCAGCACCAGCGAUACGGACCUCCUGGACAACCUCACCCAGCUGAUGCAGGAGCGUGGGGGCAUAGCCGUGUCCCGCUACCAGCGCACCACCUCCUCCAUGCAGCGCUCGCUGAGCUCCUCGCCGUCUCGCUUCGAGGGCUGUCUCAGCCACUCACCGGCGAGCAUUUUAGGCUCUUCCGUACCUCGGAUCACCGAGGUACGGGUCAAACGUCUGGCUGGUCACGGUACCGCCGGCAGGGCGGGAGGUUCUGACAGAGGCACUACCAAGGUGAACAAAUAAAGCAUGUAACGAUGAUGGAUCAUGUGGUUCGAGCUGCUUUUAACUUAGUAAUAACGAGGGCAUGAAUGAGCCGACGGAUGGAUGAGAGAACAGUUAGUGAUGGACCUACUGAUGGAAAAAAGUGAAAUCAGCAGCGUUAGCUGAAAUUACUUUGUAUACAAGCGUCGUAUACAUGCUAUUUUAUCAGACCUCCCGUGUGCUCUGGCAUUCCAUCGCUUGGUUUUUAUUCCAUUUAUGGAUUUUUUAUAUAUUUAUAUACACUCCUGUGGAAACAUUAUAGCACGGUAUAUAAUUAUCAGCUAUUUUUUUUAAUGAUAGGUUACUUGCUGCACCAGGAACAUUUAUUCACAGCAGAGUUAUACCCUGAUAAUAUCAAACACAGUGGAACAGAACAGUGAUACGAUCCACCUCGUUCUCGUUCUUGCAGCUAUACGACACGUUGUAUUUAUGUUUUGCUAGAGCACACAGUAACACCCUGAACAUCGCAGGGCAGACACAUAAACACACACACACACACACACACUUUCACCUAUAGGGCAUGUUUUUGGACUGUGGGAGGAAACCGGAGCUCUCGAAAGAAACCCACGCAGACACGGGGAGAACAUGCAAAUUCCGCAAAGAAAAGGACCCGGACCGCCCCACCUGGGGAUCGAACCCAGGACCUUCUUGCUGUGAGGUGACGGUGCUACCCACCGAGCCACCGUGCCGCCCACUGCUGUGAAUAAAUAAGCUAAAAUAUAUGAAUAAAUAAAUAAAUAAUUCCAACCUGUAAGGUAUUUAACUUCGAAGCUUUGAUACAGAAGCUGUGCAGUGUGUUUUUACAGGAGUGUAUUUUUAAUAUAGUUUUGUGCCAAGAUGCCAAUCGUUUUGCCUUCUUUAUCAAUGUUUUUCUGCAUUAUGUUUAGUCCUGUGUAAGAUUUGUUGCUGAAGAACUUAUUUAACAGGAAAACAUCACAUAUUUCAAGUAUUAUAAGUUCUUCAGCUACAUAUUUGCAAAUGGUUUGUCGUUGUGUUUUGUAUGCCUUGUUUUUCAACAUUAAUACGUUAAAAUGUUAUUUUUAUACCUUUUUUAAAACCUGUUGUGUAUGAUUUUCAUGUUACUCGUCUGUCAUUAGCGCUUCUGUCAAACGAGCCAUCAAAUGCUGUAUAAUAUCAGUGUAUGUAUGAUAUAUUGUACGGUAUACAGUUAAAGCAAGCAUGUGUAUAUAUGUAUUUCAGGGAAUGUAUGUACUGUAAACUACAUGAUCGAAUUAUAGAAAGUAUUUAUUUAUUUAUUAGGUGUUAACAUGACCGUGUAUCUUGGCUGCUCGCUAACAAGCCCCAUUGCCAUCAGAUUGUCUUUAAUGGGCCAGGAGCAUUGACCUUGCAAGAAUUACUGUAAAUAACGACGUCCUUAUUAAAAACGCACCCGUAAUACAGUACAGACGGGGAACUGAAGUGGAACCUGCGAAUUCAUCCAACAAAUAGUUCUACAAAUCAGUGUGUGUAAUCAUUCCAGACUACAUGUUGUGUGUCCUGCUCUGUAAUCUGUCAGGAAGGUAAACGUCGACCCCCUGCAGAGCUGCAUGUCAGAUGACCGACUGUAAUCACGAACAUCAGGAUCUGUCUCAUAUUCAUGCCGCCGUUGCUUAUAAGUCUGUGUACUGUGUCGUAAGGAUAGUGCUUUAGUUCUGAAUAGUCUUUUUGACCUCUGAAAGUGAUUUACGGAGUUACAGAGUAGAGCCACACAGUAGUAACCUGGCCUACUGCGUAAACAGUGUACAGAAUCUGACGUGUAUAUAGAUAUAAAUACAGGAAGAGAAACACUCCAUGCUUCAUGUAUUUUGAUAAAUAAAAUAAACACGGUGCACUUGUACAAGUCACCACAUAGGGAAUGUAUGUAUUCAUGUAAACAUAAUAAACACUAACGUGAAAGAUA